GUUCCCCGCGGCGGGGCGGGCUCCCAGGCGGCCUCGCCGACCUCCCUGGGCUUGCGGGGAUAGCCGCCCCAGUCGUCCCUCUGCCGCGGGGGAUGUCUGCUCGGCAGGUCUCUUCACCACUGCUCGCUGAGAUAAGCUGCGCCCAAAGCUGCAGCGGAGCGGUGGGGUUAAAACGGACCCGCGGAGACUGGCGGCGAGGCUUCCUUCUCGGACUGGGGGGGUCUGUGCGGGGCCCGCUGCCGCCCCCUUCCCUGCCGGUCCGGAAGCAGUUGGGGUUUGGCGGCGGGGCAGCUCGGGAGAGGCGGGGCGCCCGGGCGGUGCGGCGGGGGCAGGUGCGGCGGGGGCGGGCCGCGGGGGGCGGCGGUGACGGGGUGAAAAUGGCGGAUCUUUCGAAAUACGGUGGCGGCCGCUGACGGAGCCCGGCGGCCCGGUCGCCCCCGCGCCGCCCGCCGAUGAGUACCUGCUCUGGUCAUCACUGCCACCACUGCUAAAAUGGAGGUGGUUUCAGCAGAAGUCAACAGCUUGCUCCCUGAGGAAAUAAUGGACACUGGUAUAACUCUGGUGGAAGAUGACAGCAUUGAGGCGGUUAUCGUGUCGUCGCCGAUGGGAGAUUCUAUUCCCAUGGAAACAGAACUGGAAGAAAUAGUGAACAUAAGCUCCACCAGCGAGUCAUCAGCUACAACUACUGCCGCAGUCACCACAGAAUCAGUUACUGCACCCAGCAAUCACUCAGGCGACACAACAGUGAACACCACAACCCCAAAAACUGAUGUGAAUGCAGUAGUAAAGCCUACCUUUCCAAGUGGCCUCCAUAAACUUGGUGCUCAGACCCCCGUCACUAUAUCAGCCAAUCAAAUUAUUCUGAACAAGACCGCUGAUAUUAAAAUAGGCAAUCAGAGUAUUAAACCAGAUGGGCAAAAGCUAAUUGUGACAACUUUGGGCAAGUCUGGCCAACCUAUUGUUUUAGCAUUACCCCACGGCCAGCUCCCACAGGCACAGAAGGCCACGUCCCAAGCCCAAGGUGGAGACUCCAAGGUACAAGGCCAACAGAUCAAAGUUGUUAUUGGAGGUCGGUCGGAAGUGAAACCUGUUGUUGGUGUCUCAGCUUUGACACAAGGAAGUCAGCUGAUAAACACUGCAGCCCAGCCUUCUGUUUUGCAGACCCAGCAAUUAAAAACAGUACAGAUUGCGAAGAAGACCCGAACCCCAACUUCUGGGCCAGUGAUCACCAAGCUGAUCUUUGCAAAACCAAUCAAUAGCAAAGCUGUUACAGGGCAGACCACUCAAGUGUCACCAGUCAUUGCAGGUAGGGUUCUUUCACAGUCUGCUCCGGGAACACCACCAAAGACAAUAACGAUCUCUGAGAGUGGAGUCAUUGGAUCAUCUUUGAGUACACCACCACAACAGACACCAAAUAAAAUAGCUAUCUCACCACUCAAAUCGCCUAAUAAGCAGCUAACAGUGGUGUCAGUGGCCUCCCAGCCUCCCAACUCCCCCCAGAAGACGGUGGGCGUCCCACUGAAUGUAGCGUUAGGACAGCAGAUCCUCACAGUGCAGCAGUCAGCGCCCUCCUCCCCUGGGAAGGCUAUAGUCAACCACACAACCGCCCAGGCUGUGAAAUCAGCAGUGCAGACCAUUACUGUAGGAGGAGUGGGUACAUCUCAAUUUAAGACAAUUAUUCCCUUGGCAACUGCACCCAAUGUUCAGCAGAUUCAGGUACCUGGAAGCAAGUUCCAUUAUGUCAGACUCGUUACAGCCACAACAGCCAAUAGUUCAACCCAAUCGGCCAGUCAAAAUCCCAGUACGAAUACACAACCUCUUCAACAGGCAAAGCCAGUGGUGGUGAAUGCGACCCCAGUGCGGAUGUCUGUUCCCAUAGUGCCAGCACAGACUGUGAAACAGGUGGUGCCCAAACCAAUCAACCCAGCUUCCCAGAUAGUUACUACUAGUCAGCCCCAACAAAGACUUAUUAUGCCAGCCACUCCACUGCCACAGAUACAGCCCAACCUCACCAACCUCCCACCAGGCACCGUACUGGCACCAGCACCUGGCACAGGAAACGUCGGGUAUGCAGUCCUUCCAGCUCAGUAUGUCACACAGCUACAACAAUCAUCAUAUGUAUCUAUAGCAAGCAACACUGGCUUUACAGGGACAUCUAGUAUCCAGUCCCAAGCACGGCUGCCAUUCAAUGGAAUAAUUCCUUCUGAAUCUGCAAACCGCCCCAGGAAGCCUUGCAAUUGUACUAAGUCUCUGUGUUUGAAAUUGUAUUGUGAUUGUUUUGCAAACGGUGAAUUCUGCAAUAACUGCAACUGUACAAAUUGUUAUAACAACCUGGACCAUGAAAAUGAUAGGCAAAAAGCAAUAAAGGCCUGCCUUGACAGAAACCCUGAAGCCUUCAAGCCCAAAAUAGGGAAAGGAAAGGAAGGAGAAUCGGAUCGGAGACACAGCAAAGGGUGUAACUGUAAACGCUCGGGAUGUCUCAAAAACUACUGCGAAUGUUAUGAGGCAAAAAUCAUGUGUUCUUCCAUAUGCAAAUGCAUUGGCUGUAAAAAUUUUGAAGAAAGCCCAGAGCGAAAGACCUUGAUGCAUUUAGCAGAUGCUGCAGAAGUUAGAGUCCAGCAGCAGACCGCUGCAAAGACCAAGUUAUCUUCCCAGAUCUCAGAUCUGCUGACAAGGCCAACACCAGCACUCAGCAGUGGUGGUGGGAAGCUGCCCUUUACAUUUGUAACCAAGGAGGUAGCUGAUGCAACCUGUGAAUGCCUUCUUGCGCAGGCAGAGCAAGCGGAGAAGAUGGGCAAGUCAAAAGCUGCAGCAGAGCGCAUGAUCCUGGAAGAGUUUGGACGCUGUUUGAUGAGAGUUAUUAACUCUGCAGGGAAGUCCAAAAGUGACCCUUGUGCCAUGAACUGCUGACUCGUGCACAUGAGCCACAACAAAGUGGACUGAACAGAACACUUAAGGCACAGGGACACUUUGGCUUGGCAUAGAAGAUUUAAUAAUAUUUGUUAAUUUGGUGCUUGUUGUAAAUUGACCUGCAUAAGAUUGAAACAAGAAAAUCUUUUAUAACAAGAUGUAGAGCCUUUUAAAUCUUAGCUAAAUCCUCUUCUACUUAAGACAAUGCCUAAAGGUCAAUUAUUCUUCCUGAUGUACAGCUUUUACCUUGGGUUUCUUAAAAAUUAGAUUUGUUUUCCCCUUACCCCAGAAUAAUUGCCUGAAGGGCAUAUAUAAAUUAUUAUAAUAUAUAUUAUUUACAGUGUAUGGAUUUGCAUCACUUCGUGCAUACAGGAAUACACAGGUGAUGUCAACAGCCAGGUUACGCUUUUGGCAACGGAUCCGUAAUGAGGUAUCAGUGCAUGAAAGAUAGUUCUGAAAGGAAGUGUGUUUAAAAAAAAAAGGGGGGGGGGCAUCUAAAUGGAAGGUAGUACUUGGUAGUACAAAUGGAAUUAAUGGGAAUUUUUUGAUAGGAAUGUGGCUGAGAGCUCAGAUGUUUCUUAAGCUGGAACUUGAAGGCUAAGACAGUGGCCUGUCUUCAGAAGUGAGGAAGGGCAGCCAUGUCACAAUGCUGGGUUGUCUGCCCCAGUAUACAGUGUUACCUAAGUGUGCAGUAGAUGAAUGCUGUUGCUUAGGUGAAGCUUGGUUUUUCAGAGGUCUGCAGCAGCCUAAUCCCUCACUGGAGUUAGGGCUGUGCAGUCCAUUGUGUUUUCUAGGAUGGAGCUGUAACCCUGAAAAAGUGUUUAAGUCUGAGAAGCUGAGGUCACGGGAGACAGUGGGAACCACAGUUGUCUUAAUGAGGACUCAAGACAAUCUGCAUCCAAAUUGACUUGCAAAUGCAGGUAGGGAUCAUGUUCAGCCUGGUUGUGGGUCUUCAGGAUGCUGCUUCUCUGUAUGUUGGCAAUUUACUUGGUGUAAGGUUUUUGGGUUUUUUAGUGUUGUUUAGAGUGACUGUGAGAUCAGUGAUCAGAAAGGAUGCUAGCACAGAAUCAGGAUUACUACCAAAACAGAUGCAUGGAUCCUUUUACACAAAGCAGGGAGGAUGGGGGCAGGGGGAAUCUACAAUACCUGUGUAUAGACUAAGGCAGGGGAUUCUUUCAGUAUUUGUUACAGGCAAUCUCAGAUCACAUUUUUGAUAGUGGAACACAUUUGCAAAAUUAACCUGGUACAUUACUUACCAUGAACAUCAAUAACCAUGUUUAAUCACAGGCAUUUUUAUUACCUGUCUCACUGCAGCCUGAACUAGGUAGUUUUUUUUCCAGAAGGGAUUUUGUAUUCCUUGUGUAAAACUGUAAAUACAGAGAAAUGCAGCAGAGCUCUUCCUCCAGGUUUUCUAGCAGGGCCAGGCUGGGGAAAGGUAGGGGCUAGGCAAACCAGCAGCAGAGCUAAGUGCCUACAUGUGUGAUGGCAGUAGGAUGGGAGGAUGCUUCCACUCCUGUCUUCACCCUACGGUCCUAUGCAGAAGGCCCUUUCUCCUUGACCCUUCUCUGGUGCCUCCCCAAAAUGCCUCAGGGGAGCGAAGGACCUGGGAGGCAGCCAGCAGCAGCGGUGGGCCAGUUGGGUGGCCAUUGCAGAUAAAGUUUGACCUGCUAGUCACUGUCUGAAGGGCCCUGUCUGUUAUUAACAACCCUCUGAGCAUAAAUAGCAAGUAUAUUUGUGCAAAUCUCUGAAAAGGGAAUCCACCUCUCAUGUAAGUAAAUGCCAUUUUUUUUUCAUAAUUAGGAUUUGAAUUUACUAAAAAAUCAGUGCAGUAACUUUACAUGUAGAUAGUGCAAAUAUUCAGUUUACUUCUAGUGACCUAAUAUAGUAUGUCUAGUAAGGUUUGUAUAAAUGUAAAUUAGUGUAAGUGAAUAAAGUAAUACCUACUUACGUUAUUUUUCAAACAGAUUGCAAUAUGCCUUCUUUUGUUUAGACUUCAGUCCAUGUUAAUUUUGUAUAUAUUCUGUGUCUUACUCUAAAUUGCACCUUUUGUGAUGUGUAUUUAUAUACAUGUGCAAAAACACUUGUGAAAUUUAGAUUACAGUUGUAAUUAUGUAUGAUGAUGCUUGAGAAUAUUUUGCUUGUAAAGACUUUGAAGGUGCAAUCAAAUGCUCUUAGUUCUUCUAUUUUGUUUUGAACAAGCUUUCUCAAAUAUUAAGCUUGGAUUUCUUUCUCUGUUCUCCCUGGUGUAGAAUGUGUGAAUUGGUUUUUGUACUUCCUUAGCCAUUUGCAUCAAACUACUGGACAAGAUUUACAGUCAAGUUCAUCCAGUUACAUAAAAAUAAUUGGGAAUGGGGCAGGGGUUCAUUUUCUAGUUCUGUUUACAUCUGAAAGUAGAAAAAAUAAAUUUAUAUUUACUAGACCUAUUCAAAGAAUACACUUUUCUAUAUUGUACAAAUAAAACAGUCAAAUCACAAAGAAAAAUAAACAUUUAUACUAU